UGAAAUCAUAAAUAGGGGACGCUUUGUUGUUGCCGGAAAUGACUUGCAGUCUCGCUUCCGGUGGGGUCCGCAACGGUUUCUGGUAGCGGCGCAAGCCAGGAGGAGGCGGAGGAGGUCCUCGCCUUUUGGUGGGGUUCGGCGAGAGAAUGGAGCUUUGGCCUCCGCGUUCUCGUGAGGUACCUUCGAGUCGGGUUGAAGACCUUUCUGAGCCAAACGCCCAGACAUAUAAUGAUGGAAUCGAACUGGCUUGCCAACAGCAAAAAGAAUUUGUAAAGAGUUCUGUGGAAUGCAAAUGGAAUUUAGCAGAAGCCCAGCAAAAACUUGGAAGUUUAGCAUUACACAAUUCAGAAUCCCUGGACCAAGAACAUGCCAAAGCACAAACAGAAAUGGAUGAAUUGAGAUGGAGGGAAGAAGAGUGGCGGCGGAAGGAGGAAGUAUUAAGACAGAAAGAGAGACAGAAUUUAUGGAAUACGGAUUUUGUUAGCAAAGAGGUAUUUAACAAGAGUUUCAUUAAUCAAAAGAAACUGAAAGAAACUGAGGAUGAUGCAUCUAAAUCGUUUAUGCAGAAACAUGAGGAGAAAAUUAGACAUUUUGGAAUGUUGAGCAGAUGGUUUGAUAGUCAGAGAUUUCUCUCUGAUCACCCAUACCUUGUCUGUGAAGAAACAGCAAAAUAUCUUCUUUUAUGGUGUUUUCAUCUAGAAGCAGAACAGAAAGGAGCUCUAAUGGAACAAGUAGCUCAUCAAGCGGUAGUGAUGCAGUUCAUCAUAGAAAUGGCCAAGAGCUGUAAUGUGGAUCCCCGGGGAUGUUUUCGUCUAUUUUUCCAAAGAGCUAAGACAGGGGAUGAAGGCUAUUUGGAAGCUUUUAAAAAUGAACUGGAAGCAUUCAAAUCAAGAGUGAGGAUUUGUUCACGAUCUCAGAAUUGUCAACCUAUGCCUGUUCAGAAUCCUUUAUUUCACAAUGAUCUGAAUUGUAUAGGUGGACUUGCACCUCAGAAUGCAGAAUCGCUUCAAGGCUGCAGUUUGCAGGGUUUAGUGGUACACAGAGAGGAAGAAGAACCUAAAAUGAUGGAUACAGUAUAGUACUCUUAAGACUGACGCCAAGUACACUUCUUUCCAAGAGAAGAAGACGGCAAUUUUCUUUAGACUUCUUUUUAUGGGUACUGCACUUUAUUUUGAUGGAGUGGGAGGGAAUUGUUUUGUUUUGAGCUUUUGGAGAGAGAGUAAGGCAGAAACAUGCAUCAUUUUCUUUGGGGGGAAAAAGUGUGCUGCUAUCUUUCUUCCUAUGUUUCUUACUUUUAAGAAAGGGAUGUUCUUGUAAUUUGCCGAAUGUGAAACUACGUUUUCUGCUACUGCUAAAAAAUCUUGCCUUUUAAUUUUAGAAAUCAAAGUAUGAGAAAUCUGCACAAUUGCAAUGUUUACAAUUGAUUCCUUCAGGAAUCCGCUUUAAUCUUAUUAGACACUACCCAAGAGUUGCUGUGGAUACUAAAGAUCAUUGUAAUGUGUUCUGUUGCUUGCAUACUAGGCAUUCAAAUCUGAUUUUAUCACAGAUAGCAAUAAAUCUAUGAUUGCUAUCAGUGUUGCGCCUCUGGAUGGCUCCCACAAAAGCACUAGCCAUUUAUACUACUGUUUUUUACUGUUUCUGUAUUUUAUUUUGAUUCAUACAUAUUUUGAUGUGUAAGCAGCCAUAAUGGAGUUAUAACCAGUAUUUCUGCAGAUAGAUCCACAUAUGUUACAGAAAGUUUAACUUUUCUUAAAUGAGAACAAUAUGAUAAACAUCAGCCAUUGCUGAGUGUUUCAUCAGGUGCCAAAUGCUGAUUAAUUUUUUUUUCUCAGAUCUUACAAACAUGAGCUUACAAUCUUUUAUUUGGUAAAUGCCUCAAAAGAAAUAAACAGGCACUAUUUUAAAACCAAAACAACCCAAAUAGCCAUGAAAUUACUUUGGUGUAGACUUGGUUCUGAAAUGUUAUCAUUGUCAAUCAGAUUCGGUAAACCUUUUGUUAUAAAUUGUUUACAAACUCCAAAAUACUGAAAAACAUUUUUCUAGUAUCCUGUCCAUCUGCUUCUGCAUUCAUCACCUUUGAUGUAUGUUAAAAUACAACUGUUGUAAAUGCUGUCAGUACAUAAUUGCAUUCAAUGAGUCUUGAAACACCACAGCUCUAGAGUAAGGAAGGUUUGUAGAUUCUAUCCAGAAGCAUACUUGCCUAUGACAAAGUCCCUAAGAAGCAAUAUUGACAUGCAAGAUAAGAGUGACAAGCUUUGUUGCUUUCUUUACCCUCCUAAAAUCCCCUCCUUUAAGCAGAACAUUGACAGUGGGAGCUACUGAGGUAAAAAUAACUGAGUCUCAACUCAUUCACACAAUCUUCCCAGAACUGACAAAGUUCCUUUUGGGUCAUUUUUUUUUUUUUUUUUUUUUUUGGUAUCGAAUGGAAUUUCAUGCUAGUUUUCUGACUAAAGCAAAGCAUAAUCUUUCUAGGUCUCACUUAGUACUAUGACUUGGGGUUUGAUUCCUUCUUUAAAUGCCAUAAGUGUAGAGGCUGAUCUAUCAUUCUGGAUAUUCCCCAGAAUAGCUUCAAAUAGUGAGGUGUUCAUAAGAGUAAAUCAUGAUUAGUUAUUUCACAUUUCUGAAAAUUAAUCCAGAAAGGGAGGUCAAAAUGAGACACUGUUUUUAAAACUAAUAUUCAGUGAUUGAUUGAGAAGAUAUUUUUAUGCAUUAGCAAUUCCCUGGAACCAUGGAUAUUUUUUUUUAAGUGUAGCAAGGGAAUAGCUAUGCUAGAAUUGGCUAACUAGCAACCAGUGAUGUGUUACUUGGGUCUUGGUUAUUAUUUUAAUUAUGAUGAAGUCUGAACUUAACAAAUUGGUUCAGAUGACAAGAUCAGAUAGGCCUUGAUGAUACUAAUUGUAUAGCAUAGAGAAUCUUAUUUGCAAGAAACUAAUUCUGAAAAUCCCAUUUAAGACCUCAAUUUAUGCAGAAAAUACAUAUUGCAAUUUAAUCAGAUCUUUUGGGGUUGAGACAAUAAUGUGUGAUUCUGAUUUGUAACUGAAUGAGAAAUGAUGGUUAAUUAUACUCACAAAAUAACAGAAUGGAGGAAAUAAGUCUCAGAAUUGUAUGGAAGCAUCAUUUCUUUUGAGUUCAGCCAGUGUUUUUAAAUGCUUACAUUGUAACAUUGUAAUGCAUGGUCAUGUCUUCAGCUCUGUGAGGAUAGAAAAAUACGGUUAGGAGUAAAAACUGGAUUUCUUUUCAGUUAGGUCUGCUCUUCGGAAUAUUAAUCUGUAGGCAAAGUGAUUUGGAGCAAGCAGGAAAAAAGCCCCUAGUGCAGUGUUUCUCAACCUUGACCAUUUUAAGGCAUAUGGACUUCAACUCCCAGAAUUCUACAGCCAGCAAUUCUGGGACUUGAAGUCCACAUGCCUUAAAAUGGUCAAGGUUGAGGAACACUGCCCUAGUGAUUUAAGCAAAAAAAACAACAGAACUAUCACUCUUUAAACUCAAAUAGAACAAAAUUAGGGAUGGUGAAACAAAACUAAUCAGUAUCUCUUUCCAAAAAUAAACCACACUUCAGUGGAGCAUGAAAGUGGUGGGGUUCUGUGUGAAUUCCCCCUUAAAUAAUCUUAACGCAAAUAUAGAGUGUUUCAAGAUUUGCAAAAGCAGCCUCCUGAAAUUUCCAAUGGAAUUAUAAUUUAGAUGCAAGUGGGCUGAUAAGAGUUACAUAUUUUUUUUUUUAAAAAAAAUACAGUUUUAAUAAAAGCAAUAGAAAAGACUUCUCCAUCUGGUUCCUUCUGGAUAGGCUGAGUUGCAUUAUUUAGAAUUUCAGAUCAGCAGCUUCCAGACCAACCCAAGCACAGUAAAUCAGCAACAAGUUUGUGAAAUGGCUUUAGCUACCUGUAUUGCUAUUGCGGCUUUAACCUAACGCUGCAGAAUCAGUGGCAAAUAUGAGAUCAGAUUUGAUAAGAACAAGGUAGCAACAAGAAUAAUAAAGUCAGUAGAACUCUUGUUGCAUGAAAUGUUGAGUGUACGUGAGAAAGCACUAUUCGACUUCAUCUAGCUCAGGGGUUCUCAACCUUGGCAACUUUAAGACUUAAAGUUGUCAAGGUUGAGAACCCCUGAGCUAGCUAAUGUUCUGUUAUAUUAGAAAGAAUGUUCUGAACUCAGAUUAUUUCUAAGAUGGUAAUUGAGCUGGAAAUAAAUUCUUAAAGCAAGAGAGUAAUCUGGCAGAAGUUGGCUUCGUUUCAUGUAAACAUUCAGACCAGCCAUCCACUGAGUAUAGCCGUGCUGUCUAGUCUGGCCUUGUACUUAUUUUUCGAGCCAUCUGAUUAAGACAAGGAGUGUAGACAUUUCAGUUUUUGAAGACAAAAAAAUAAGUACAAAACCUGGACACUAAAAAGGUGUUAGCUGGCUUGCAAAAUGGGUUGGGAAAUAAAUCACCUCUGGAUUGUUCUGGGCAUAACUAAAGGAAGAAUUAAAUGGAUAUAAGUUAAGAAUUGUGUUUUAUCUGACAACCUCAUUUUGCCUGUGAUUUUUUUUCCCAUGCAUUUUUUUUUCUGGGUCUGUAUUCACCUCCUCCUCCUAACACUUUUUUUUUUCACAAUCAUAUUUGUUUUGUUGUUGAUCAUUUCAUUAGUAUGUUUUUAACAGCUGUUGUAUAAUCCAAAGAUUCUGAAACUAAAGCUUAUGAGCAAUUUUGUUCUGUUUUGAGACAGAUGAAGUCAGGCCUGUAUUCUGAAUUGAGCCUUCCGUUCGACUGGCAUUUAGAGUAAUAGAGGCUGUUUUACGCAAGGCUUUUUACCUAUGUGAAAUGGGAUUUUGACUUUUUGUGGUUUUCAAAGUUAAACACAGAAAGAGGAUGAGCAGUGACAUUGAUCGAAGCAAAAACUAACCAAUAUUAUACUGGCAUUAUAGUCCUUUGCUUAUUAAAAAGGUGUAUUCAUUAAAGGCAAGAUUAUAUUUGUUAAAAUACGAGUUAUGUUUGUGUUUUUGAUUUGUAGAAUAAACCAUUUUCAGUUA